AAAACUAAUGUCAUUUAGUGAUAAUUUGAAUCCUGUGCUUACAUUGCUAAUCGAAAAAAAUAAGAUUCCAAUUUGCAGCUGUAAAAAAUCUGAUAAAAAACAAAAGCCGCAAACAAAAACCAAACAAACACCCUGGUCUGGUGUAUGUAUGCGCGAGUCUUCGGCUGUGUGAGUGCGAAUGUGUGACUGCGAGCGUCUGGAGUCUAAUCAAUUUUGGCAUGCCAAAUACAUCGCUACAGGGUGGCCCAUGUAGCGUUUGCUUUUUGAACUAUCGAUAAUUUUGACUUUGACAUUUUGAAUGACAUUGUCAAUUUAUCAGAUAUUUAGUAGAAGGUUUGCGGUUUACGAAAUGGUUAAGUUUACGCUCGAAGAAAAAUGGGAAAUAUUGAAAACGUUCUUUCAAAGUGGAGAGUCUUCAACCGAAACUGCAAGAAAACUGCGGUCAAAAUUCGGAAAAAAUAAAGCGCCUUCCAGGCAGUUUGUGGAUAGUUUUGUGAAGCGUGUGCGUGAGACUGGAUCGUUGAUGGAUAAAACAACACGUUUACGUGCUUGUCCAGUUCGGUCGGUCGAAAAUAUCGUUGCGGUGGCCGAAAGUUUAAUUGACAAUCCGUCGACGUCUACUCGGCACCGUGCACAAGAGUUGAACAUUUCGCGUACCUCCCUGCAACGGAUUUUAACCAAAGACCUCCGUCUAAGGCAAUAUGAUCAGAACAACGACGACGACGGCAGCAGCAUCGAAGAUCGUCGCCCUGUAGGACGGGCGGAAACUGGAGCUGUCAACCUAAACAUAGCGCUUACUGAACACGGCCAUGAAAGACUGAAGAAGGAGCGGCCACAGGCCUCUGGUGAUGAUGAGCACCACCCAGUGCCCAAGGAGGAGGUGAACAGCUUGCCGGAGAAGACGGCAGUUAUGCCGAAGAAACGGGGGCCUCGCUGUCUUGCCAGCAAGUUGGCCAAUAAGAAGCCCCGUGGUCGCCCAGGAAAGGUCACCAAUGAUGACGAAGAUGAUGGGGAUUCCUAUGACCAGGGUGACCACAACUUCAAAAGGGAGACGAACGAUGAAGAACGUCGACAAGAUUGAACACCGACCAAAGGAGAAGGCCUCAAAUGGAAUUCCGAUGACGAUAAUGAUGGGAAUGACGAUUAUGUUUCGGAUGCCUACAACGAUUCCAAAUCGGUAACGGCCUAAAAAAUUUGUAAACAUUUCCAAACAAAUCAACAAACAAAAAAAUUAAUAUUGAGCCUCUAAAAGAAGAACACACAAGACCACAAAGUACAAAAGGAAAACUUAGGAGAGGGCUCAAUGGACUUUCGAGAUUGUAUUAAGAAAUUUGACUUUUUUCAUAGAAUAUUUUAAUUUAUAUGUGAAUGCGGUCACACUACAUACUUGAUAAUAUGUAACAAUUUUUCAACACAUUUGAAUAUUUAAAUAAAUUGUUUGGAUAUUUGUUUUUACAAUUUCCUUAUAAUUGGUUAA